AUGUCAGCUCAAACAAUCUCAGAGGCGGAGCAGGCCAAGUACUGGGAUAUCUUUACCAGCUUGGGUCCUCAGAAUGGUGUCGUUUCGGGAGGGCAAGCCAUGGGUGUCCUCCGCAGCUCUCAAUUGUCUGACAAUCAACUUGAGCGUAUCUGGGACCUUGCGGAUAUCCAGGGUGACGGUAACUUGGAUUUUGAGGAGUUCUGUGUUGCCAUGCGCCUCAUCUUCGAUGUGAUCAAUGGCGUGUACCCAGAUGUUCCAAAGUCUUUGCCGGACUUUUUGGUCCCGACUUCUAAAGCGCAUUUGGUAGCUGCAAACCAAGCUGUCAACCAAGGACCUGAGCAGUUCGACCAGCCGGAUGACCAUGACCUCGAGGAACCGGGGUUAUCGAGUGACUUUGAUUGGUAUAUGACGCCAGCCGAUCUACGAAAGUAUGAAAACAUAUACAAUGGCGCAAGCGAUCACCAUGGCCAGCUUUCAUUUGACGCGCUUAGCGACUUAUACUCCUCGCUCAACAAUGUACCAGACACGGAUUUACGGUCUGCGUGGAAUUUGGUGAAUCCACGGUCCGAUAUUACCAUCGGAAAGGAUCAGGCUGUGGCAUUCCUUCACAUUCUCCAUCAGCGCGUUCAAGGCGUUCGUGUCCCUCGCUCUAUACCGGCAAGUCUAAGGGCCACGUUCCAAAAGACACAGGUGGAUUAUGAUGUGAAUAAAGCGCGAACCAAUCGUGCGCAAGGCAAUCAGGCAUCCGCCAGAACAUCCAAGAAGGCCGAGUUUGGUCAGAAUUAUCUGAAUCGAAUGGGUAUCGGAGGCAAUAAGUCUUACGAAUCGAAAGGAACAGACUUUUCUUCGACAAAAGAUACGGAUUGGGAGGAAGUCCGCUUACAGCGCCAGCUGGCAGACAUAGAGACGAAGAUCAAAGAUACGGAAGCUGAAGCUGACCGACGAAAGAGUCGGGGGUCGAGUCACCAAUCCAGUACCGCCCUGGUGCGCCGUGAGCUGGAAGCAAUGUUGGAUUGGAAGCGGCGAGAGCUCACCAGGCUUGACAGCAGUACAGCUGGUGCGGCUGACCAAAGUCUCGAAGGUGCAAGAAAUGAUGUAGACAUGCUGAAGCAGCAACUGGAUGCUCUGGAGAACCACCUGAGUAAACGCGAAAACGAACUACAGCAGGUCCUUGCGGAGAUCGACCGUGAGAAGUCUUCGACGUGA